UGUUUCACAAUACCGAAAGUAGGGUAUUUGUAAACACCACAGAUCAAUCGUCGGUUAGCGACAUGUCUGGACGUGGAAAGACUCCGGAUGUAUCAGACAUUCAUCUUGUACUCGGGUGAACAUCAGCUGUUCUUGUAGCACGUCAAGGUCCACCCCAGAGUGUAACACUUCACCAGACAGUCUCACGUCAACGUCACUGUACCAGGAGGGGUGAACAUCAGCUGUUCCUGUAGCACGUCAAGGUCCACCCCAGAGUGUAACACUUCACCAGACAGCCUCGCGUCAACGUCACUGUUACAGGAGGGAUGAUGCAGACAUAAGAACAAUGUUGGACAGACUUCUGGUAUUCCUACUACUGGUUGGAAGUGUAGGGGGACAGGAGUGUCCUGUAGGGAUGUACGGAGACAACUGCAAACUGAACUGCAGUCGUUAUUGUGCCCCGUAUGAAGGGCAGAAAGUUUACUGUGACAAACAGAGUGGAAGAUGUUCAGAAGGAUGCCUCCCUGGGAAGUAUGGUUACCGGUGCCAUCUGACCUGCAGCAAGAACUGUAGGAAGAACAUCUGUAGUUUCCAAACAGGACACUGUGUCCAGGGCUGUGUAGGCAACAACACGGGGAAUUUUUGUGAGACCUCCCAAGAACCUGGAUCAAAGCAAACUGAAAGAGCGUCUCAAGAUUCUGCUUCAUCACCACUGGUACCGAUACUUGUCCCUGUGUUGGUCAUAACCAUCAUCAUCAUCAUCAUCAUUGCAGUGAUUCUACUCUGCAGGUGGCGCAGGAGACAUCAGCGCAAAGGCCCGAACGACGAGGCACUUGGAGUAAAUCUUAUCCCUGGUAGAGAGGACACUGACCUCAUAGUCGCCUGCACAAAAGGGAAGCUACAGCGAGUCAGAGACAUCCUGGGGCACAGCAUCGACGAUAUCAACAAGAAAGGGAAAGAAGGCUUGACACCAGUGAUGUGGGCAGCAAGAAGGGGACACAGAGAACUGGUUGACUUACUUGUGAAGAAAAGUGCUGAUGUCAAGCGUGUGGAUGAUAUCGGUAACAACAUCCUCCACUGGGCCUGUGUUGGAGGACAUGUAGCAAUGGUGAAACAUGUCGCCUCAAAGAACAUUGGGGACACCAACUGUAGAGGGCGGUAUGGUAGAACCCCAUUGAUGUAUGUAGCUCGGCAGGGAAAUAAAGACAUGUUUCAUUUACUUGUAAGUAAAGGGGGUCUUCCUUCACAAGUGGACACAUAUGGAAACAACAUCCUUCAUCUCGCCUGUUGGGGUGGGAAUGUGUGAAGAUUGUUGACUACAUUCUCUCACAUGACGACGCGAACAUCAAUGGUAGAGGACAUUCCGGAAGCACUCCGUUGAUGGCGGCAGCAUACAAAGGACAUGGGAAGAUCUUCGACCUACUUGUGACUAAAGGGGCUAAUCCGACACAAUCUGAUGAUGCUGGUGACAACGUCCUCCAUGUGGCCUGUCUGGGGACACAUGUGGAUAUUGUGAGCCGUGUCCUCAAGCUAGACAGGGUGGACAUAAACAGUCGUGGUCAGUGCAGUAGGACACCUCUGAUGAUCGCAGCUAGGAAUGGGGAUAAAGAAAUAUUUGACUUACUUAUUAAUAAAGGAGCUGAUGCAACACCAGAAGAUGCUGACAGUAACAACAUCCUUCAUCUUGCUUCUGAGGGAGGGGAAUCUUGAUAUAGUGAAGCAUGUCCUCUCUCAAGGGAUUGUGGACAUCAACGCCAGGAACAAGCAUUGUGAAACAGCAACCAUGCUGGCGACAGAUGGAAGUGACGUGUGCAACCUGCUUGUGUCACAUGAUGGCAUCAUGAAAUAACUGAAAGGAGGACUCGUUAAUUCUCCAACUGAAAAUGCCCGUAUAAUAGAAUUACUUCACUGCUUAUCUGAAAAGUUGUGAGUCUUGUAUUCCUCGUCAUCGUGUACAGGUGACGGAGCACAACCUGUAGUAUGACUGGUAGGAUGAUACAUUUCUUGCUCGAGAUGCAUCCCCCACUGAUAUGUAGGAAACAGUUCAGUAUUCGUCUUGGAUGAGUAGGAAUUUCAGGAAAUCAAACUGAAUAAGAGCUGGCAAAGUGUAACAAAAGAAUAGAUGCUGCUGCCCUCCUUCAGGUGACAGCAUUGCUGGACAAUAUGACCCGCAAUCACUGAAAGGUCAGUCAGUCAGCUUGCAUGUCCAAACAUGCAUCUCAUUGUAUCCCAUCCACCAAGACAGUCGGUUGGUGUGCACGUGAACAUUUGCAGUGUCUCAACACAUGGAGGCAGAACAGAGGAUCUGCUGCAAGAUGUUACCUGCUGUUCAUAUAUCUUGCUUUGAUAUUUAAUGUGUGAUGGGACAAAUCCGGAUUGUCCACCACACCAAUGCAUGUUUGUUGCUGUAUAUCGUAGAGGAUGUAUUAUCAUUAGCCACGUUUACAUGUGUGUGUGACACCACUAUGUAAUGUCUAGCUACCUGCCCAACUGUCUGCAAACAGUCCUGUUGUUUACACCGAUACUGAAUGUCAUGUUUCCGGUCAGUUAAUGCAAUGGACGAUAUUUCCCUUUCUUACACGUAUAGCAUGAAAGCUGAGCGAAUAGUUUGUGAUAGUUGUCUCCCUUAUACCAUAACAAUCCUUCGGUCACUAUAAAACAGUUAAAGCGGGAACUAUUAACAUUCCAUGAGCACAAAGAAAGUCUAAAAUGUUUAAAUUGCAAGAGAGAUUCCAUGUACAGGUGAAUCCAUGUUAUUUGGUAACUUGCGGUCGCUAGCCCCUUUAUAUUGCGUUCGUAACUGAUAGUGACAAUUGAUUGAUUGAUUAUGAUAAUAUUGUUAUUAUACAAUCCUUUUGAAGACAUAAAUGGAAGUAUGCUUAAUAUUAAUAUACGAUCUGUCUCGUCACGGUAUUUCUGAAAUAUUGCCAAUUUGACUGUACAUUUUUAAUACUCACUCAUUCCAUAACCAACCCCCAAUCCUAAAUAAGACCACGCCCUGUUUUUAUAUUGACUGAUAACAUUUUGCAUUAUUUCACUGAACGGAUCUUGUACCCCUGUACUUCCUGCAAUCCGAUUUGCUGAACUUUCAACUGAUUGUGAUGAUUGUGAUAAUUUUCGGCGGCAGUACUUAAAAAAUGUCAGUAUGCUUGAUAUCAAUAAUAUGAUUUUGUCUCGUCAAGAUAUUUCUGAAAUAUUACCGAUGUGACGGUGCAUUUAACUCACUUACUCCAUACUCCACCCCCAACCCUAAAUAAGGUCAUGUCCACUAAAUGACCACUGUUUUCAUAUUGACUGGUAAUGUUGUGUAUUAUUUCACCGAAUCAUAACACCGAUCUCCAGCCCCUGUAAUUCCAGUAUUCUGAUUUGCUGAAUUGGUCAUAUGUUUUCAAUUAGCAAUGAGCAUAAAAAUUAAACCACGCCCACCUCCGAAUUUCAACACAUGGGACAGCCUGGGAAUUCCAAUACAGUCUUACAUACAUGUACAACAUUCUCUACUUCACAUGCAUGUAUAGAAUUCAUACAGUUUCAUUUUUUUCAGUUCAUACCUCCAUGAACCGAAAACAUUACACAGUCAAUCUUCAAAGACAUUUCAUUCAGAAACCAACCAGGGCUAAAACAGAUAACAGAUAGCUCCCGUCCACUCCCUGCUACUGUAUAUAUGUUGUAGCCUGGUUUCAUCGUGUUGUUAUCUUUAUACUUAUGCUGUGAUAUAUCUGCUGAAUGUGGAUAUGUGUGUCAGAAGAAAUAAAACGUGGACUUGACAUUACAAUGUUUUACAAGUUUAGAAAUUCCAUUCAGUUGUUUGCUGGUAUGUGUUUACUAAAACAAAAUUCACUUCUUUGGGUUGCAAAAUUCAGUCUAAAAUUUGAUAGAGUACCUGACUCAAACUUCAUUGUACUUUCUGUAUAAGCCUCCACAACAACAUCACUUGUCCAUCCCAUCGGGCCCUUUGUCAUUUCUCAUUGCCACUGACUAUUUAAAGGACACUUGACGCUAUAGAACAUUUAAUAAAUAUUUCUUCUAAUUGAUUCUACGUUUCAGUUUGCAUGGUGUUGUAAUAUCUGACCUGUGCCUUUGUCGCUCCAUCUCACUACGCAUAGUGAGUCACCUUGCUAUUUCAGUUUAUGACGUAUGUGAGUUUAAGACACACAUAUUUUUUACAUUCAUUGUUCAAACUGAUUGAGUGUUUACCAAAUAUUUCAAUAUGAACUUGCAAGAUGUUGUUCUACGGCUGUAACUUAAUUAAAACAUUUACACAGAUA